AUGGCCUCACCUCAGCUUGCGACCUUCCAGAUCCCAGAUAUUCAAAAUGAGCCCAUGAAAACUUAUGCACCUGGUUCACCAGAACGACAUGCACUGCAGGCUGCGAUUGACCAGAUGCAGCAGGAAUUGCCAUUUGAAGUACCUUGCAUUAUCAAUGGAAAGCCUGUGAAAACCGGAAAGCUAGCAAAGCAACCUCUACCCCAUGACCAUGCCAACCAUCUCUGCACAUACCACGAGGCGGAUCCUGCGACGGUAGCGAGUGCCAUCGACGGAGCCCUCGCGGCUAAAGCUGGAUGGGAGAGCAUGCCAUGGGCAGACCGUGCUGCCAUCUUCCUCAAGGCUGCCGAUCUCGUCAGCGGCAAGUAUAGGUACAAGCUGAUGGCUGCUACUAUGCUCGGGCAGGGAAAGAACCCAUGGCAGGCUGAGAUCGAUGCUGCUGCAGAGCUGACAGAUUUCCUGAGGUUUGGAGUCAAGUAUGUGAGUGAGCUGUAUGCCCAACAACCUCCAAGGAACUCUCCAGGUGCAUGGAACCGCAUCGAGUAUCGGGCUUUGGAAGGCUUCGUAUUCGCCGUCACGCCAUUCAAUUUUACGGCUAUUGGUGGCAACCUUGUCGGUGCUCCCGCUCUCGUCGGUAACGUUGUCGUCUGGAAACCCUCACCUGCUGCUACUUACUCCAACUACAUCGUGCAUCAAAUCUUGACAGAGGCAGGUAUUCCGCCUGGUGUCAUCCAAUUCGUUCCGGGCCCUCCACCGGAAGUUUGUGCCCAGGUUCUCAGUCACAGGAGCUUCGCUGGUCUCCACUUUACCGGCAGCACGUUCAUUUUCAAGAAGCUUUGGAAAGACAUCGCCGCUAAUCUGGACGUGUACAAGGGGUACCCGCGGAUCGUGGGUGAGACGGGAGGCAAAAACUUCCAUAUUGUCCACGAGUCGGCAGAAACAAAGAACGCUGUUCUGCAAACUAUCAGAGGUGCAUUUGAGUAUUCAGGCCAAAAGUGUUCUGCGCUGUCCCGACUUUAUGUUUCAUCAUCCGUAUGGAAAAAUGGGUUCAAAGACCUACUCCUGGAGGAGGUUGCCAAAAUUCGUGUUGGAAGCCAGCUUGAUUGGAGCAAUUUCUUGGGCCCUGUCAUUGGUCGACCUGCCUACGACAAGAUCACAGGCUACAUUAAAAAGGCCAAGGAGACUGGCGGUGAGAUCCUCAUCGGCGGUAGCGGUGAUGAUUCCAAGGGUUACUUCGUGCAACCUACUGUGAUCCUUAGCAAAGACCCCAAGUCAGUUACUCUCGUCGAGGAGAUUUUUGGUCCGGUGUUGACUGUCUUCGUGUUUGAAGAUGCUGAUUUUGAAAAAACACUCGACCUCAUCGAUGAAAGCACCGAAUAUGGCCUCACAGGGUCUAUAUUCGCCUCUGACCGGAAAGCCCUGAUAAAAGCUGACAACAAGCUCCGCAAUGCUGCCGGUAACGUGUAUUACAACGAAAAGUGCACCGGAGCUGUUGUUGGGCAGCAGCCGUUUGGCGGUGCCCGUGCUAGUGGGACGAACGAUAAGGCGGGGAGCAUCAGUAUUUUCUAUCGCUUCAUAAGCGCGAGGAGUAUCAAGGAGAACUUUGUUGGGUUAGACGAUUUCAAGUAUCCUUCGAACCUGGUGUAA